CCGCCGGGACCUGCGGGGGCACGGGGUGAAGCGGGACGACCAGGACCACCGGGAUUACCGGGACCGGGGGCUACGGGUGCGGUGAGCGCGGCUACCUACAGCACGGUGCCACACGUCGCCUUCUACGCCGGCCUGAAGAAUCCCCACGAGGGCUACGAGGUCCUCAAGUUCGACGACGUGGUCACCAACCUGGGCAACAGCUACGAUGCCGCCUCCGGCAAGUUCACCUGCGCCAUCCCUGGCACCUACUUCUUCACCUACCACGUCCUCAUGCGCGGCGGCGACGGCACCAGCAUGUGGGCCGACCUCUGCAAGAACGGUCAGGUGCGGGCCAGCGCCAUCGCGCAGGACGCCGACCAGAACUAUGACUACGCCAGCAACAGCGUCAUCCUGCACCUGGACGCGGGGGAUGAGGUCUUCAUCAAGCUGGAUGGGGGCAAAGCCCACGGCGGCAACAACAACAAGUACAGCACCUUCUCCGGCUUCAUCAUCUACUCGGACUGA